AUGUAUUACAAUUACAAAAAAUAUUUUUCGCUUGCUUUACUAGCUGUACCCGAUGGUAACUGCAGAUUAAUAGCAGUUGACAUUGGAUGCUACGGCAAGCAAUCAGAUGGUGGCACAUUUAGAGCAAGUAACUUAUACAAUAAUAUUUUGAACGAAACUGAAAACUGGCCUCUACCGAAAGAACUACCAGGUACUUCAGUAAAAGACCCAUUAGUGUUGGCUGGAGAUGAAACAUUUCCACUACUGGAAAACUUAAUGCGCCCUUUCCCUGGACUGUCACAGACUGAGGAAGAGAGGUUAGUUAACAGGAGGCUAUCGAGGGGUAGAACGGUGGUGGUACGCACUUUCAGAAUUAUGGCCAGCAAGUGGGGUCUUUUCCGAAAGGGAACUGAAACUUCUGUAGUACAUGCAGACAUUAUUAUUCAGUGCAUCUGCGCUUGCACAAUAUAA